AUGGUGAAGAUCUCUAUCGAGCCUGUUUUCUCAAAAAAGUCUGCAGCAACAGGCAAGAGCAUAGAGAGCAUAGAGGAGGUUAUGAAGGUAGUGAAAUGGAUUGCUGAUGUAGAUUCCGAGAUUAAAAAGAUGAUGGUGUUUUCGAAAGAGUUCGCUCUGUCGAUAAAUGUGCUUUCUCUUUUGAUCAAUUUGAUGAAGGAAGAGAUAAAAAGUCAUACAGCAAAAUUUAUGCACAAAACAUUUUUAUCUUGGAAAACAUAUCUCGACGAAACAGAGUUAACACUGCAAAACAAUCACAAUAGCAAGCUUGAUACGAAGUUGGUGACAUCAAUCCAGAAGCACAUCAAUUCUCAAGAGAGUAGUGAAGAGAAGAGUCAUCCGCUAUUUAAAGAUGUAUUGGCGGUCGAUCCGAACUUGAAGAAGGAGAAGGAGAUCACGAUGAUGCCAUCCGAUCUUUCUCUAUCAUCUUCUUUUCAUGUCGAGAACUCUUGUUCGAUACUCAGAUUACAGCAGCAAAGAAAGACGAGACGCAGCUGGUCCAAGGAUUUGCAUGAGCUGUUUCUCGUCGCCCUUAAACAGCUUGGUGGUUCCCAAACAGCCACUCCAAAGAGGAUAAGAGAAGUGAUGAAGGUGAAUGGGCUCACAAAUGAUGAAGUGAAAAGCCAUCUACAGAAGUAUCGAUUAUACUCUCAAAAGAACGCGAAAGCAUCACACAUUGUGGAUCGAUCACUUCGUCUGUACGGAGGAGUUCCUCGAGAACAUUAUGCUACCUGGAAUCAUACUGCUUCGAGGUCUCCUGAAAGCCCCUUGGAGUUCGAGAAAGUUGAUGAUGAACUCUGCUUUAAGGAGGAGUCGGCGGACUCAGGGAAAGAUGUUCGAAGUCAACAAGCACUUACAUUUCCGGUGAAGGGGACAUAG